AUGUUGAACGGGGCAGAAAAGGGAGGGUUGUCCCUCCAAUCCUCCCCUGUUAAAGUGUCACCUUCGCCUGUGAGGGCAUCAUCGAGUCCGGUGAGAGCUCCAUCUUCGCCUUUAAAAUCAUCGAUGUCCCCUGCAGGGAAGCAAAGGUCACCAAGGCGGUGUCAAUUCGCAGCGCCUGCGGAAGAUGCAAGAGAUAAAUGUGGGACAUCCUGGCUGUGUAGGCGAGGAGCGGGGGCAGAAACUGGGGAAGAGUCUGGGUCUGAAUCACCAGGUCCUAGCGCCCCAAUACCCCAAGCCUGUGAAGAGUCAGCUCCACCCCCCAAAAAUUGCUUCAGAUUGGUUAUGUUAGGAUCAGCCCGUGUAGGCAAAACAUCGCUGGUCGCAAGAUUUCUUGGCACGAAAUUCGAAGAUAGCUACACGCCUACAAUCGAAGACUUUCAUCGUAAAUUGUACCGGAUUCGGGGCGAAGUGUACCAGUUAGAUCUGCUGGAUACUUCAGGAAAUCACCCCUUUCCUGCUAUGAGAAGGCUCUCCUUUCUUACAGGUGAUCUAUUCGUACUGGUAUUUGCAAUGGACUGUCGAGAGUCCUUCGAUGAGGUUAUACGUCUCCGUGAACAGAUCCUGGAGACUAAGGCUAGUGCAAGCAGUGGGAGUAGCCGAGGCAGAAAGCAAGCACCGCGGGUUCCCAUGGCGAUAGCUGGCAAUAAGUGUGACAGAGACUUAAAGACUGUACAACCUGAAGAGGCGAGCGCAUAUUGUGCAACACAAGAUUCCGCUUGCGUAUUCGUGGAGACAUCAGCCAAGAGGAACUUCCAUGUAGACGACCUUUUCUAUGAACUUUUUGUUGUAGCUAAUUUACCUUUAGAAAUGGCUCCUAAUCAUCACAAACGAGUCAGCACCGCCUUUGGUAGUCCCUGCACCUUACCUCCCACUAGUAGUCAAAGUAGUCGAAGUAAAAAAUGCACUCUGUCGAUAAAAAGACGGCUAUCCGACGCUUGUGGGGUUGUCGCACCUAAUGUUCGGAGACCUAGCAUUCGUACUGAUUUAAUGAUAAUGCGUACCAAAACUUGUGCCAAAGGGGAUGGAGAUAGCGUCACCGGUAGCCCCAAGAUAAAUUUAAAUAGAUUAGUCCGUUCUAAUACGCAAAAUGAUAAACGAUCAUGUGUAAUACAG